ACGACUUCCAUCUGAUAUCCUCCUCCAUGUGUGUCAGAACAGAAGAGAGGGGCAGAUCACCCAGGAGCCAUUUAGGGAGACAUUACGUGGUGGUGAUCCCUGCAGAUCUCCACUACCCAUCAUCCCAGGCCGCCUGCGUGCAUAUCAGCUAUAACUCAGGGAAGCUCUAUGCGACCCUGCUGCUGGAGCGCUCUGGGGGACAGGAUGUCUUGUUGCAAAAAGAGAUCACCAAGGAAAAGACCUUUGAGUGUGGCAAGUUCCAGGUUGUGCUUCCAGCUAACAGCACCGAGGAGGUUGCCCGCAUCAAACUGUUCAUCACUGGCCGCAGGAUUGAUAUUCACGAGGAGAAGAAGGUUCUGAUCCGUCGAGUCAACAGUGGCGCCUUCAUCCAGACAGACAAGCCCAUUUACAAACCAGGACAGACAGUGAAAUUUAGAAUCGUGACCCUGAAUGAGGAUUUCAUUCCACUCAAUGACACGUACCCGCUGGUGUUCCUUCAGGACCCUAAUAAUAACCGGAUUGGCCAAUGGCUGGAUGUGGCUCCACAGGAAGGCAUUGCAGAUCUGUAUUUCCAGUUAGCUGCUGAGCCCCCAUUGGGGACGUACAUCAUCAGCGUGGCCAAAGAGAAAGCGCACAGCAGCUUCUCCGUGGAGGAGUAUGUGCUGCCAAAAUUUGAAGUGGUUUUUGAGGAACCAACUCAGAUUUAUGCCUUGGAUAAAACGUUUCCACUCCGAGUAUGUGGCAGAUACACCUAUGGGAAAGGCGUGCAGGGGAAGAUCCAGGUGAGCCUGUGCCAGAAGAGUUGGUGGUAUUUCUACGGUACCCGGCGACCUCCUCUCUGUCAACACUACCACAACCAGACUGAUAAGAUGGGUUGCUUCUCCACAUCUGUGUAUCUUUCUGUCUUCAACCAGAUCUCCCCCGAUUACCGCAGCAACAUAGAUGCAGUGGUCACAUUGGUAGAGGAUGGCACAGAGGUGCAGGUCAAUGCCUCCCGUAACUUCUUCAUCUCCAGGACAGCGGGGACAGCUACGUUUGAGGAGGUUAAUCCUUAUUACUACACUGGCGAGAUCUACAGAGGGAAGAUUAAAAUUGUUGAUCACCAAGGCAAAGCAGUGGAUAACACACCAGUUUACCUUAUACUAAGCUACACCAGGCUGCGGUUUAACAAGACGUACAUCACAGAUGACUCUGGAAGAGCUUCCUUUGAGCUGAACACAAAUGCUUGGAAUGGUGACUCAGUCUCUUUGGAGGGGAGAUUCCUGCUUCAGGACCCAGUAUAUGUGCCAGGGACAGUCAAUGUGUAUUACCAGAAUGCCUACCACUUCAUACAGCCAUUGUACACCACCAGCAAGAGCUUUCUCAGGAUCGUACGUGUGCCAGGAACAGUGCCCUGUGGCAAAAAUGAGAGAGUGCAGGUGGACUUCAGAAUUUAUGAGAAAGACCUGAGUUAUGGUCCCAAGAGUGUGGAUUUUUCCUAUUAUGUCAUUGGGAAAGUGGGGAUUGUCCUUUCAGGUCAGAAGACUUUCUUGGUUGGGUCAAAGAUGAUGACGGGCACUUUCUUCAUCCCUCUGGUCUUCACCUCCGACUACGCCCCAGCUCCUACCAUUGUAGUUUAUGUCAUCUUCCCCACUGGAGGAAUCAUAGCUGAUAGCGCCCCCUUCAGGGUCUCCAUGUGCUUCGAAAAUGAGGUGACGAUAGGGUUCUCAGAGGAUGAGGCCCUCCCUGGAUCUGAGGUCAGUCUCCAGCUGCAGGCAGCUCCCAAAUCCCUCUGCGCUGUCCGAGCCGUGGAUCAGAGUGUCCUACUGAUGAGGCCAGAGAAAGAACUGAGCAACUCCAUGAUCUAUGGGCUGUUCCCCCAUAUUUUUCGUGGUGGAUACCCCUACCAAGUGUCUGAAGAUGACUUCUUAUGCUGGUCUCGAGAACCUCAGCAGCCUGACGUGUUUAUGGUGUUCAGAGAAAUGGGCUUGAAAAUCAUAUCCAACACCCAUAUCAAGAAGCCGAGAGAGUGCACAACUACUGUGGCUAUGACAACAAUGACGGUGACUGAGUUGGAGAGCACAGUCCCCAUGCUAACCAGACCUACAUCUCUCACAACUUUCCUCGGGAGUCUCACAACAACAGGACAUAGGACCACCAUUUCUCCACCUGCACCUCCAGUUGAGGAGAAAGUUCGCAAGUAUUUCCCAGAAACAUGGAUAUGGGAUUUGUUUUCAGUUGGUCCCACUGGAAACAGGGAUGUCCCAGUCACAGUGCCUGACACCAUCACUGAGUGGAAAGCUGGGAUGUUCUGCACAUCAAGGGUGGGCUUUGGACUCGCCCCAACCACCAGCCUCCUGGCCUUCAAGCCCUUCUUUGUAGAGCCCACAUUGCCGUACUCUGUGAUCCGGGGAGAGACUUUCACCCUGAAAGCCACUGUCUACAACUACCUGCUGCAGUGCAUCAAGAUCAACGUGACCCUGGCUGAGUCCCCAAACUUCCAGUUGGAGCCAUGCGAGGGCUGCAUCUACACCAGCUGCCUGUGCGCCAACGAAGCCAAGACUUUUCAUUGGAGAGUCACAGCUAAACAACUAGGGUCAGUGAACAUCACCCUUAGCACAGAGGCCCUGGCCACCAAAGAUCUCUGUGGAGGGGAGGUACCAUUUGUACCAGAGAGAGGACGGACAGAUACACUGAUCAAACCCCUUCUAGUCCAGCCAGAGGGAAUUCUUGUGGAGAAGGCUCACAGCUCCCUGCUUUGCCCUAAAGGAGUAACUCCAGUGCAGGAUUCUGUGUCCCUGGAGCUGCCCCCGGAUGUGGUCGAAGGUUCAGCCAGAGCCACCAUCUCUGUCGUGGGUGACGUCAUGGGGACGGCGCUGCAGAACCUGGACCGGCUGGUGCAGAUGCCCAGUGGCUGUGGGGAGCAGAACAUGGUGCUGUUUGCCCCCAUCAUCUAUGUGCUGCAGUAUCUGGAGAAGACGGGGCAGCUGACCCCGGAGAUCAGGGAGAGGGCAACGGGAUUCCUGCACAGCGGGUACCAGAGGCAGCUGCUCUACAAACACCAUGAUGGCUCCUACAGCGCAUUUGGUACCGUAGACCAGGACGGUAACACUUGGCUGACAGCGUUUGUGGCCAAGUGCUUUGGCCAGGCCAGGCCAUACAUCUUCUUAGAUGACAGGAACAUCCGGGAUGCACUGAGCUGGCUGCAGAUCUACCAGUUGCCCAGCGGCUGCUUCAGGAGUGUGGGGAAGCUCUUCCACACGGCCAUGAAGGGUGGCGUGGAUGGGGAGGUGCCCCUGGCUGCCUACAUCACUGCAGCACAUCUGGAGAUAGGGGAGGCACUGAAUAGCACUGUGGUGAACAAGGCCUUGAGCUGCCUCACUAGUGCCCUCCCCAACAUCACCAGCACCUACACGCAAGCACUGCUGGCCUACGCCUUCGCUCUGGCCCAUGACACCCAGCGCACACAGGAGCUGCUUGCUAAACUAGACCAAAAGGCCAUCAGAACAGGAGGGCAGAUUCACUGGAGCCAGGCCCCCUCCCAGUCACCCAGUGCUGGUGUGUGGUCCCAACCCCAGUCGGUGGACGUGGAGCUGACGGCCUACGUGCUCCUGGCCUUGCUCUCCAAGCUGAGUGUCACUGGGGCUGACAUUGCCAUAGCCUCUGGCAUUGUGGCCUGGCUCAUCAAGCAGCAGAAUGCCUAUGGUGGUUUUGCCUCCACACAGGACACGGUGGUUGCCCUGCAGGGUUUGGCCAAAUACGCAGCCCUGACGUACAGCGAGAAGGGAAACGUGGAGGUGACUGUGAAGUCCAAGGAGAGUUUUGAGAGGAAGUUCCAGGUCACCCACAAGAACCGGCUGCUGCUGCAGCAAGCAGUGCUGACGGAAAUCCCCGGGGAGUUCUCAGUGCAGGCCCAGGGCAGCGGCUGCAUCUAUGCCCAGACAGUGCUGAGGUACAAUGAGCCUCCCCCACAGGUCUCUGUGACCUUCUCUGUGCGCAUCACCACACAGCUGAUCGACUGCACCAAGGGUGACAUGCGCAUUGUCACCAUCCGCAUCCAUGUCAGCUACAUCGGGAGCAGAGUCACUUCCAACAUGGUGAUUAUGGAGGUUUCCCUAUUGUCCGGAUUCAGCCUGGCUUCGGGCUCCCGCACAUCAUUGCAGAGCAGUCCCCUGGUGAGGAAAACGGAGGUUAGCCAGAGUGGUGUAUCAAUCUACUUGGACCAGCUGAGCAAUACGACUCAGACAUAUGCCCUGCAACUGGAACAGGAGAUCGAGGUGAUCAACCUGAAGCCAGGACACAUCAGAGUCUAUGACUACUACCAGCCAGAGGAGCAGGCCCUGGCUAAUUACAGCGCUAUCUGCAGCUGAGCACACAGGGAGGAAGAUGUUGGAUGGAAGUUGUGCUCCCAGCAGGAGGUUCUGCCCCCAUUCAGCAGGAUUCCUGAGCUGUCCUUGCUGGGCUGAGGGACAAGGGAUGCCCUGACAGCCCCACCUGCAAGGGGCUGGGGCAUUGGCACUGGGUGGGUGGGGGAUCUCCAUGGGCUCCAUAUUGGAUUGCAGGGCUAGGCUCAGGCUAACAUUCCUCACCACAGUAGCCAUUUCCUGGUUAAUUUUUUAUGUCUGAUUAUUUUUGAUCAUUUGAAUCUGGGAAUUUUCUUGAGUCUGAAAAGAAUACAAAUAAAAUGGAAAUCACAUACCCUAGACACUGUGGUAUUUGAUUGGGCUCCAUAACAAGUCAUCCCAGAGGAAAUUUGUGGGUAAUUUGUGAGGCUGACACUACUGGUAUGUCCCUGACAUUCAUAGAAUCAUAGACCAGAAGGGAACCAUUGUGAUCAUCUAGUCUGACCAAGUGUACAACUCAGGCCGUAGAACUUCCCAGAAAUAAUUCCUAGAGCAGAUCUCUUAGAAAAAAACAUUCAGUUUUGAUUUGACAAUUGUCGGUGAUGGAGAAUUCAUCACAAUCCUCGAUAAGUUGUUCCAAUAGUUCAUUAAUC